CCCACCGAAAGUUCUUCACGGUGUUCUUAAGCGAUCGCCCAUGAUUCCUUGGAAGAUCAAUGGGAAACAAGAGGUACCUAGGCUUAGAACUCAAGAGAUCUCUCAUUUCGGGGCUUCCAAACGAUGUCGCGCGCCACUGCCUCGCCAAGGUCCCCAGGAUCUACCACCGCAGCAUGCGAUCGGUGUCAAGAACUUGGAGGAAGACGCUCGAGAGUGAGGAUUUCUUCGCGGUAAGAAGGAAAUCUGGCAUCGCCGAUGCCUGGCUCGUCGUGAUCCUCAUGGAAAAUGGCCACAACUCCUACUGCAUUUACAAUCUCGCCUCCAAAUCCUUGUUGCUCAAAGCGCCUCUUCCAGAUCCUCCACUGCCCACGGGGCUAGAAAUCGGCGAUGUGGGCGGAGGAGGAUUCGCCACAUUCAAGACCGCGGCGGUGGGCGCUCUCCUCGUCGCGCUGGAAUCCAGGACGAGCUCUCGCCGAUCGAGCGUGGAGAACCACACCCGGAUCUUCGAUUCCACCAAGAACAAGUGGCGGGCGGGAUCGCCGCCAACUGUCGCGCGGUCGCAGUUCGCCAUGGCGACAGUGAAUGGUACGGUCUACGUCGCGGGGGGCUGCGACCACGACGGUGACUUUGUCCCCGCGACCGAGUCCUAUGACGUUGCGACCGACACGUGGACGCAGCGGUCAACCAUGCCGUACAACCACCUCGACCGGGUUGACUGCGAGGUGGUGUUCCAGGGUAAGCUUUACGUCCGGGUGUUCUCUUCCACGCGUUGCGAGGUGCUGGUCUAUGAUCCUGGUAGCGAUUCCUGGCACCGCGAUUCUUCUGGGAUGAGCGCCAUGGAUCAUGGAGAACUCGUCGCUACUUCCAGCGGGAUUUACAGCUUGACAGCCUCGGAUUGCCUCUACAAGUUCGUGGAUGGGGAAUGGGUUCUUGCCGGGAGCAUCCAGCGCAAGCCAUCUUCGUCUUCCUCGUCUCCGGCUUUCAAUGUCCACUCACAGCGGGCAUUUGGGCUCCGGGAUGAGAUCUUCGUCCUGGGCGCUGGUGAUCUCUCUUGCGUGAUUGGGGAGGAUCUCGUUUGCCACGGAUUGUUCCUGGGAAGUUCUUGGUUUAGAGCUGGCUCCGUGGUCAUGGGAUAGAUCGAUCCUGCUAGAUGAGCUUGCGGCGAAUUCGAGUGCUCCGCGAGUGGCUCCACACGGCAGCGGCAUCGGUGAUUGGUGACAAUGCCAAGUUCUUGGAGACCGAUGUGGAUGGGUGGAAGGGAAAGUAUGGAGAUCUCCCGCGAGCCGUGGUGCCGUGAUCGAGCAAGCAGGGGAGAUCAGCAUUAACACGGCAGUGUCGAGAGGCUUUGUGUCCCUUCUCAAGUGGUGCGUACAAGAGAAUAAUCUAGCACAAGUUCGUCGCGUGCACGGCUUUGUUUCCGCGAGGCAUCCCGGCUGCGCGGAAGACCAGUUCGUGGGAGACAUGAUACUACAGGCAUAUCGGAAGCUUGGCGAGCUUGGUCUAGCAUAUAAGGUGUUUGCUGGCAUCUGGAACAGAGAUCUUUUCUCGUGGAAUAUCAUGAUCGCAGCGUUUCCAUAGAAUGGGCAUUUUGCCGAGGCGUUGUUGCUGUUUAGACGAAUGGAGCUCGAUGGUGUGAAGCCAUCGCCGGUGACUUGCGUCACUGUUCUUGCUUCCUUCACGGUUCGAAGGCUUCUCCCGCAAGCUAGAAAGUUCCACGCAAGGAUCACAGCUCUGGGCCUGGAAUCAAACGUUAUAGUUGGCACAGAGGUGAUCACAAUGUAUGAGAAGUGUGGGAGCUUGAGAGAUUCCAGGCUAGUCUUCGAGAGAAUGCCGCAAAAGAACCUCGUCACCUGGACGACGCUGAUAUCGAGCUAUGCCCAUGGCCAUGGCAGAGAAGCGAUGGAGAUUUUCGAGAGGUUGCUCGCUCAUGGAGGCCUCGAACCCGAUGCGGUUGCUUGCGUGAGCGCUCUCGACGCUUGCUCGAGCAUGGCAUCGCUGGAGCAAGGCAGAAAAGUUCACAGGAUCGUCGUCUCGAGGGGAUUCGAGAGUAACACAGUCGUAGCAAAUGCUCAUGUAUGGAAAAGGCGGGGCUCUGGAAGAAUCAAGAGCAGUGUUUGACACGAUCCAACACAAGAAUCGCAACUCCUGGAACUGCAUGCUCACGGUUUACGUCCAAGGGGGCCACUUACACGAGGCGAUGGAGCUCUUCAAAAGGAUUGACGUAGAGCCGGACCACGUAACUCUCCUCUGCGUCGUUCUUGCUUGCUCUGGCGAGAAAGAUCUUGCCCAAGGAAUCGCCACUUACAGACUGAUUGAAGCGAGCGAGUUUGCUUCCAACGAAGCCCUGUGCCACUCGCUCAUGACCAUGUACUCCAAGCUUGGGAGAGUAGAGAGCGUUCGGGAAAUCUUCGAAAAGAUGGCGAGCAAGAACGUGAUUUCCUGGACGUACAUCGUCUCGGCUCACGCCCAAGCCGGGGAUCUGGAGAUGACCCUGUCACUCUUCGCGAUAAUGCAGCUGGAAGGCGUCGCUCCAGACAGCAUCGCUUUUGUGAGCGUCUUGUCUUCGUGCAGUCACGGAGGACUGCUCGAGAGCUUCCCAAUGAUCUUGCGGUGCACUACGAGAUUCUUCCCCGUCCGGAGCACUACGGCUGCGUUGUGGACGCUCUGGGACGGUGCGGGAAGCUUGACGACGUGGAGAAGUUUGUGGAGGAGUUGCCGGUGAGAGUGGCAGUGCUGUGGAUCGCGCUGCUAGCAGCGUGCUCCACUCACAAGGACGUUAGGCGCGCGAGGCGAGUUGCAGAGCGGGCAUUUGCGCUGGAGCCUCGGAAUUGGUCGACGUAUGUGAUGCUCGCAAACAUCCUGGUUGAGGCCGGUGAGCGGGAGGAGAGCGCCGCUAUCAAGCACAGAAUGGAGAAGUUGAAAGGAAGAUCACAAGAGAAAGGAACAUAUUGACCCUCGUGAGAAAAAGAUGACUAUCUUUCUCUGUUGGUGCAAGAGCGUUACUUAUUUGAAAACAAGAUUGCAAUAGGUGUCCUUCCAA